AUGGACAAAGCAAAUCCUUUAAGUACUCCUAUAGUUGUUCGAUCACUAAAGCUUGAAACUGAUCCAUUUCGUCCUUGUGAAGAAAAUGAAGACACUCUUAGUCCUGAAGUACCAUACCUCAGUGCAAUUGGAGCGCUUGUAUAUCUCGCUAAUUGCACUUGCCCUGACAUAUCAUUGUCUGUCAAUUUAUUAGCAAGAUUCAGUUCAGCUCCCACGAAGAGACUUUUGAAUGGAAUCAAACAUAUAUUCUGUUAUCUUUGUGGAAGUACUGAUCUUGAUUUAUUUUAUUCUAACGAUUCAAAAUUAGAAUUGAUUGGUUAUGCAAAUGCAUGUUAUUUGUCUGAUCCUCAUAAGGUUAGGUCUCAAACUGGACAUGUAUUUACAAGUGGAGGUACUGCAAUUUCUUGGCGAUCACAAAAACAAACACUUGUAGCCACUUCCUCAAAUCAUGUUGAACUUACUACAUUACAUGAAGCAAGUAGGGAAUGUGUGUAG